AUGGCGUUCGCUUCCGUCUGCUCCAAGCUACCUGCGCUCGCGCGCGGGUCGUUCGGGAAACCCGCCGUGGCCUCUGUGCAGGCUGCCGCCAACGCCGCCUGCCGCGUCUUUAACAGACCUUUCAGCGGCUACGAUGGCCAGCCUGUGACCAGCGAACAACUGAUCAAAAAAUCGGAUGACUGGGUGAUUGAGGAAACCAACUUCUGUCUUGGCCGCACGGCGCCUCUGCGCUUCAAGGAGACAGACGACUUGGCUCACCGCGUUCUCCACGUGAUGGACUCGCAACUCGCCAAGAUGCACACUCGCCUGAGAGAUGGCACGUGCAUUCCCGUCAUGGGUCUCUACAUCCUCGACGUCGUCGACAAGCCGACGCCCCUCCAUCAGUUUGUUGAGCCGCCUUUGUUGAAGUGGACCUGGGACCACACCUAUUCGGAGGCGUACGAGGAUAAGCCGUCAACAGAGACGUCCGCGAGCAAGAAAUAG